UCCAUCGUUAUGAUACUCAAACUUACUUGUGUGGUUAUGCUUUACAUUUGGAAUUCUGUAUCGCAAACGGAACUAUGAAUCAAACGGGCCGAGAAAGCAAUUCUCCGCUUCGGCUGCAAUUGGACGUGGCUAUUCCUUUCGUAUCUGUGCUAACAAUUAUCGGCUUAACCUCUCUCACAAUCAAUUUGUUAAUUGUAGUAGCAAUAAGUAAGUAUUGGAAGACGAAGAAAGGUUACGAACUAUUUGUUUUACAGAGCACCUUAAUCGAUCUCAUAGCCACAGUCAUUACCAUCCCAUUUUGGAUUCUGACUGUCAUUCAAGAUGAAAGAUUUGGAAAUGAUAUACUAUGCCAACUAAAUGGAUCGAUGUGUUUGAUGGAACUGAUAGCCCCAGUGUUGUUUCUCAUGCUGGCAACGGCCUAUAGACACUCAGGACUGGUUGGACAUGAAGCCUACGAACGUGUAUUUACAGAAAAACGUUCUUACUUCUUCAUUCUACUAGGAUGGCUUUUAUCAAUACUUCUUUGUUUGCCACAGAACUUUGGUUGGAAACCCAUGCCUGAAGUGUCUUGUAUUCCAGAUUUAGUUACAAACAUUUGGUAUACUAUGUAUAUGCUAACAUUUUUCUUUUUUCUACCCCUGGCUGCAUCACUUUUCGCGCACCUAUUUGACAUUGUACUCUUCAAACCUGAGAGAUACCAACAAAAGUCUAGCACUCUGUUUCAAAUUUGUAAGAGAAAAUGUCUUCGAGGUGAGGAACUAGAAAUCCAAAAAUCCAUGUGUUUAGUGAUAGUAGCUCAUGCGUGCUCCUGGCUUCCCUAUGUAUUGAUUUCUAUCACUGAAAAUCUUGCUGGAAGUCGCACGUUUUACUUAAGUGGAGUUUCGCUCCAUUUCAUUAGUCUUACUGCGGGACUAUCAGGCAUGUCUGUUAAAGGAGCUUUAUUUUGUUUUGAAAAUCCACGAAUUAGACGCCGCGCUAAAGAAUUGUUUGGAUGCAUUGAGGAAAACGAAGAAACUUCUUCUCAUCAAGUCGAUAUUUAAAUAUUUAGCACUUGUGUGUGUAAAUCUCGCAACAGAAAUAUACUCUCGAAGCUUAGACCAAUGAAUUCAAGUGCUGUUCAAGUUGAUUAGGAAAAAACGACCUGAAUAAAAUCGAAAUCGAAAAUCGAUUGAAAACUGGCGCAAUGCGUUGCCAAAUCAUCCCUAACAUCUGUAAAUAAAAUCUAAAGUGAGAUAUUUAUUAAGAAAUUUUGAAUUUUAUAGAGGCCAAGUUCUUCUUUCUCUAAUUGGAGUCAGUAGUUCCUAUAAAAAUAUUGCAAAUGACCGUCACCCAUCACCCGUUUACCAUUAUGUGAAGCAAUUAGAACCUGUAUUUUGGAAAUCGGGACAGUAGAAACGUUUGAGGAAAAAUAAUUCUAGAAGCGGAUUUCAAGGUAAGAACUUUUUGUGAAAAUAUUUCUAAAACAAUUAAGAAGACAUCAGUGUAGCAAGCAUGGAAGACGUUUUCCGUUUCUAGGAAGAAGUUCGCUCCUGAGAGAAUUUAUUAUCAAGGUUGUUUACAACAAAGCGAAAUACUACUUAUUUUUUUUGGAUGGCUCUGAGAAAGUCAUCAAACUUAUGUUAUUACUUUUUUAUGACUUUUUCUCGUCGUUUGGUAUAAAUAUUUUGCAAUGCUGUCAAAAAUCUUGACCAAACAACACAAAAACAUGUUUCCCGCAAACAUUCCAGUAACCUUGUUUGAAAACACGACCCGCACAAAUUAUUCAUAAUAUUGGUGAGCCCGCUAGUUCAUUGUGGAGAAAAAGAAUUGAUCCUUUAUGCCAAAAAACAGCGCCAAGAAGUAUACAGAUAUUAUAUUUUAUUCGUAGUCAAAGAACUCUUACUCCUUUUAUAUUUUGCCAUUAUAGAAAAAUAAAACAUAAAAGAAAGUUGCCACUUAUUUGUAUCAAAUUACUUUUAUUUCGUUGGUGAAGCUAGCGUAAGCAAUACUACAAACUCGGACGCAAUAACAAAACCACUAACAGCCGUUUUUCUUUCAAUUUUUCCAGUUUAUAAAUGCUUCGGGUUUUUUCCUAUUCCAAACAAUCCUAGAAAGCAAUUAAAAGCUACGUUUCAAGGGA